AUGGCCACAGAGGCUGUGCCUGCAAGUUCACUACGUUCGGGUCAACUCUCACCUCCCCGUAGCCAUGAGGUCCCCCGUGCUCCGGAGGUCACGGCAGGCCCAGAAUCGGAGGACGACACUCCACCGUUACAUGCUGUCGACGUUGCUCUCAGAUGGAACGAAUCGAAGACGACGAUCUGGAAAGUAUUGGCUACAUUCUGGUGUGGAUUUGUGAUGGGCUGUAACGACGCUGCAUACGGAGCUAUCAUUCCUUACCUCGAGCUCUCUUAUCACAAAAGUUAUGCCAUCAUCUCCCUGGUCUUCCUUUCCCCGUUCGUCGGCUACACUGUGUCUGCUCUUCUCAGCAACUUCAUCCACCAGCGCCUGGGCCGUCGAGGUGUGGCGUGUAUUGGUCCGGCAUGCCAUGUGCUCGCCUUUGCAGUCAUAUCAAGCCAUCCGCCGUUUCCGGCAUUGGUGAUUAUGUAUAUGUUUGUGGGACUGGGAAGCGGCAUUCAGAAUGCAGGGUGGAACGUAUGGAUCAGCCACAUGGCGGAUUCUCACGAAGUACUCGGAUGCUUCCACGGGUUCUAUGGGGUCGGGGCCACAGUGAGUCCUCUUGUUGCUACAAGUCUAAUUACUAAGGCUGGAUGGGAAUGGUACUCGUUCUAUUAUCUCCUGACUGGAGCGGCUGUUUUUGAACUCGUCAAUGCUACAAGCGCCUUCUGGGCAGAAACGGGCUCCAGAUACCGUCAGGAUCAUCCAUCUGCCCCUGGCAGAGAGGCAGGCGGGUCUCUCAACCACACCCGGCUGUCCCUCACGUACAGAGUAACGUGGAUAUGCGCCGUCUUUCUCUUCCUCUACGGCGGCAUAGAAGUCGCUAUUGGGGGUUGGAUUGUCGUUUUCAUGACGAAUGUACGCCAUGGCAGUCCCUUUGCAUCCGGCAUGGCCGAAACGGGCUUCUGGCUCGGCGUCACGCUCGGCCGAUUCGUGCUGGGAUUUGUUUCGCCUCGCAUUGGGGAGAAGUUGUCGAUUGUCAUUUACAUUCUGCUUGCCAUCGCGUUAGAACUGAUCUUCUGGCUCGUGCCUGAAUUUAUCGUCUCCGCAGUGGCCGUGGCUCUGGUUGGCUUCUUUCUGGGGACGAUCUUCCCGGGCGUUGUGGUCGUGGCCACGAGGUUGCUGCCGAAGCAUCUGCAUGUUGCUGCCAUCGGUUUCGCGGCCGCGUUUUCCAUGGGGGGAGGGGCUGUUUUCCCUUUCAUGAUUGGUGCUAUCGCGCAGGCGAAGGGAGUCACUGUUCUGCAACCGAUCUUGCUAGCGAUGUUGGCUGUCGCACUCAUGAUUUGGGGGACGCUGCUUCGGGCUCCAACGCAGCAGUCGCCUCACCAGGUUUAA